UACCGCCCUUUCGCCAACGGUGCAUAUACGACACCGGGUGCAUACACCCUCUGCGUCCCUCCGCUGUGAGCGAAGGUGUUCGCGGCGCGUUAGUGUGAGUGCGGCAUGAUGAAUGAACGGCAUUUUAGAAGGACGGAAGUGGCGCGCGGUCCCACCUAGCUCUUUCGCAACGAUCGUACGUCACCCACCGGCGACACAGGAUCCCCGCGAAGAUGCACCUCGCGCGAGAGCUUGCAGUCGACCACGUGGAAGUACGGACCAGCUGCGCUGGAAGGAUUUAGUGACGCUUCUCUCUCUCUGUGAUUGCGCGGGUCUUGUCGCUCCGUCGUUCAUUCAUGACAGGUGAUAAGGGCGGAAAGGUGUGUGCCCGCUGCACGUGAAGACAGAUUUGUGAAAUGUUUCCUCUCGCUAACGGACUCGGUGCAUUCGAUGGUGCGGCGACGAGCGAGUGUGCCGGCUGAUUUUCAAGAUUGGAGCGCGAGAAGGCGAUCGCAUAAAUUAAAUUGACAGGUGCGAGACCGGCCGUUAAAUUGCCAUUUUUAUUAGUCAUGAGUGUUUGCAGUGCUGCACUGGACGUUGCACGCGCCAAUUUUUCGCGCGCAGGAAAAUCGAAAACAAUGAAUCGUCGAAAAAGCGAGCACGUGACCGCCUCGACGUAGUCGAUAUCUCGUGAAUAUUUCGUGGGAAAUGCUACACGCCGAUGAUUGCUUCCUCGCGUUAAUUUCCACGCCCGUGCCAGGCAUUUAAUAUUCAGAAAAUCUCUUUUGCGUACAUGGAUUAAUUUAAUUAUGUUAAGAGGUGAAAUGUAAAAUAUAAGAUUUUCAAGUCAUGUCAAUUUUACGAUUCGACUACUUUUACCGUAAUCGAUCUUUCCGCGAGAAUUUGGAACAAAGGCGCAGUCUUUAUUCGACUUAUAAGCCUGCUUCUUGGUUUGCAAAAUAUAUACAAAAGUGCAAGAUAUCGAUGACUGACGUCAAAUAACGCGGCCAAGUGGCAAGUGUUGCAACUGUCAGUGAGCAAAGUGAAUUCCUUUUUAUUGUCAACCAGGAAAACAUGUCGCCCCCGGCCGAUUGCUGCAGCUUUGAAGAAGCAGCUGACAUGAAAUGUAUCAGAAACAAUGGACUGUGAAAGCACUGGGAAUGGAUUUACAACAUAGUGGCAAUGGGACCGGUCGAUGCAAACCUUUCAAAAUGAUCCACAUUUUCAUCCUCUUCAUGCUGCUGCACGUUUUUCCAGAGAACAUCACCGCGCAUGAAUCGCGCGUUUUCAUGGCGGAUACCUUUGAAGAACGCACAACAUCGGAAAUUGAUCCGUACUUCGACACCACGGUGCCGUCCAAUAUCACCGGCUUGGCUGGAGAAACUGUUCAACUGGCGUGUAGAGUGAAAAAUCUCGGAAACAAAACGGUUUCAUGGGUGAGGCAUCGUGACAUUCACUUGCUGACAGUCGGCCGUUACACUUACACAAGCGAUCAACGUUUCGAGGCUAUGCACACAUCCCAUACAGAAGAAUGGAUUCUGAGAAUACGAUAUCCGCAGCGAAAGGAUUCUGGUAUCUACGAGUGCCAAAUAUCCACGACUCCACCCAUCGGUCAUCCUGUUUAUCUCACCGUAAUCGAGCCCGUGACGGAAAUAGUCGGCGGUCCCGAUCUGUUCAUCAACAGGGACAGCACGAUAAAUUUAACAUGCUACGUGAGGCACGCGCCCGAACCGCCGCCGACGAUAACUUGGAGUCACAACCAUCAGGCGAUUAACUUCGACUCGCCGAGGGGUGGCAUCAGCUUGGUAACGGAAAAGGGACCCGUGACUUCGAGCCGUUUACUCAUUCAGAAGGCGAUCGAGAGAGACUCCGGCUUUUACACGUGCGCCCCCAGUAACACUCGUUCCACCAACGUGCGGGUCCACAUAGUCAAUGAAGAACACCCAGCGGCAAUGCAUCACGGCAGAGGCGACAGAAUGGCCGCGACGCUGCUUCCGGUCGUCCUACUUCUUCGGAUGAUAUUCUAGCCGACGUUAUGCACUCCGGGUUGAAUGCGCGAACUUAAGCACGGUCGCCUAACUCUCACGAAACCAUCGGGCGGAGAUUCUGUUUCGCGGUUUUGUCCCCGGGGAUUCGACUCGCUGCGACGCGCAUUCGACACGUUCGCCUCGCGAAAGUAACGGAAUCUCAUCGUAGAUUUGCGCCGCGACACGUCGCGUGUUUCCCCAUUACGUCGUUAGAGCGUUAGGCUGAUUGGAACGCAUCCGCGUUCCACGGGGGAAUCCAAUUGUCGCGUCGUCGCCUGGAGAACGUGAGUUAAAAUAAAUAUUAUUAGUCUAGAUGUGCAUCACAGGGCAAAUGAUGAGUUGCGGACAUAUAUUUAGUUCUGUGCGAUUACGUGGUCGAAAAGGAGAGCAAAAAAAUUUUGCUUAGUGGCCAAAAGAUUUGAUACAAAUGAGAAAUAUUUUUUAUUAGAAAGUGUUACAUUACAUCCAAAGAACUUCUUAAUCUUCACCGAUUCUGCCGAUCGUAAUGGACAAGAGCCUAUAAUAAUUCUUAAACACGAUUAGUCGAAUGUACUCGCUGAACUUACACGGCGCUUUCAAGGCCGUUGUCAUUUCGUGAAAAGGGACAAGGUCUGGGUUCUUGCCCCACUGCGGAAACAAGUACGAAGUCUUUUUCUGUUCCGGCAAAGAGUCGCGAGUCCGUUUCCGCCGUCUGGAAUCUUUCCUCACUUUUCGAAAUAAGAAUCGCCUGCGAAGAAAGAACAUUUUCGCAAAUGCCAUACCAAUGUAACGCGUGACCUAAAAACGGUCCGACACACAUAUUUCGGAAUUUCUAUACUUACUCCUGAAUAUUCCGAUAUUUACGAGAGACGAAGCAGCAAUAUGAAGAAUACAUUGUAAGAAUCGAAAGAAUCGCUUUGAAUACUGUCCGAUACUAAGCAAAUUUAAAGAAAACAUUUCCUCGCACAAUAUUCGAAGAACUUCGAAAACCAAGAAAGUGGAUCGAUUCGCAGAGUUAAACGGACACACAACGCUGCGUAAAAUUACGUAUUGAUAAAACACAAAAUUUGCCGAAUUGAUCAAUGGGUGUGCACUCUCGAAAUAUUAAGGUCUUGUAUCUAAAAGUGACGUCUAUCAUUUUCGCUAAAAGAUCUUGAACAUGAACACCGCGAACUCCAUAUUGCAGUUAAUUCAAUUAUUGAUUGCGUUCGAUAGGCUCGUUCUCGUUGCAACUAUCAACAAUGCCUCGGCUGCGACGAGUUUCGAGUAUAUUAGGAAGUAAUCUCGUUAUCGAAUUAUUGAUUGUCGCGCAGGAAACAAGUUGGGGGCUCUAAAAAAGCAGAAUUUCAUUUAUUUCAAACACGCCUAAGGAAAGUAAUUACGGUAGGCGAUGAUUUACCGAAAUUUUAUCAGGUUCUUUUCAAUUGGUUUAUAACGCGUCACUACGGAUUGUUUUAACGAAAGCAAAUAAAAUAAAAAACUACAUAAAUUAACACUAACUCACAUAAAUAAAAGAUGUCGGAAAUAUUUAUUGGAAAAUUGAAUUGAUCGCUUUGAUUUUCCCCAAUAAAAACUUCCUGAUAUUCUAUACUAUUUUUAUAAUUACAUAUUCCGCUAAUAUUCUUUAAAUAAAGUAUCAAAGACUAUAAUUAUAUAUUUUUAAAGCAAUAGUUUACACAAUUUUUCAAUAAAUAUUACCCACAUCUGUUAUUCACGUGAGUUUGAGUUAAUUGAUAUAAUUUUUAACUUCAUCUGUCCUUGUUAAAAUAAUCCAUUUUCCAGUUGAAUGGAAUUUCAUACAAUCAUGUCAUAUUCUUUUUCUUACACGUAUUUACACUUAAUAAAAUUCUGAAACAUUAAAACACAACGUGUUAAAAUAAAAAAAUUGUGCUACGUUAAAACGUGUAGACUAAAAAUCAGAAAAGAAUCAAUCUCGGAUGAGAAUUACUAUAAGAGAUGUUUCAAGGACAUAUAUCGGAUUAUACGGCAAAUACAUUCGUAUAAAUAUGCGUCUCUGCAUAUCAGACGAUAAAAUCUGCGCUCGGCUUCGGAAGUAAGGAUAGACGCGCCGUGACGGCCUACGAAACGCAUAGAAUCUGAAAGUUGGAAACUUGCGCGCGAGAAAGCAAUGGACUUUCAUGCGGAUACGCAAAUAUAACGGAGCUUUUCCGUGCUCUCGGUGGCGCGACGCGACGUAUCUACAGGAAGAAAGCAGGUUUAUUCGUCGAACUUAUAAUGGCUCGACUUCGAAACGGAUUUUAUCCUCGUUACGGUUACCGGUAAAAACGUAUUGUUCGAAAGUGCUAGCUCUCGGGGAUUCGAACACGUGCGCCGGGACGAUCCCGCGGUUGUUCCGUUCCCCGCCGUAAAAGAGGACUGGCAUUGUGCCUCUGCAGUGAGCUUUGGCAGUAUUGUUGCGUCGGAAAUGUACCUCGCUUGUUCAGGACCACUCACGAAAACGGCUUCGAUAUCCUCGGUGAUAUUCUUGUCGCUAUUAGCGCCCAAGACCGAAUGUUUCUUCUAUCAAUGGGACCAUAUAAUCGGUGCGCGCGUUGGUCCAAUCGCGAAUAACUCGUAUUAGCAAUUGAUGCCGGCGUGCACGUGUAAGAAACGGUCCUAUGGUUGCUAUAUAUACUUUGUUAGAAACGUGAUUCCAAGAAUAUUUCGGUGCCAGUCUUUCUAUUAGCUUUUAACGACGCCGAAAUUCGUUGUACUUGGAGGAUUUCACGUAUAACAUAUACGUUUUUAUAGACGUCAAUAUAUGUACGCGGCUAAGGAGACAGAGGAAACAAUUGAAAGGGCGUAGAUUAAGUGUUACUUGUCAUUCUCUAUAGAAAUCUUUUUCAUGGGCCUGUACAUUUUCGCCGAAUUAAUGUUGCGAAUUGUGUCGACAAAUUUUAUUUGCCAUUGUACGCAUUAAUAAAAAGAACAAGAGACACUCAGAUGCGAAUGACAAGUCGUACAUGAACGACCUGC